AUGCGGUGGAUGGACAGAGUGCGGAGAAGAGAUUGGUGCGUGAUGCCACCUCAUGAUGGACAGUAUCUUGUAGAAGAAAAGAGUUGGAGUGAAUUACUUUCGCAUGCUCGUCUAUGGCGGAACAUUUCAAAGAAACGGAUGAAUAUGACACUGCAUCAUUUUUUACUAUAUUUUGAUCAUUCGGGUGCGGAACGGAUGCUCGCACUGGGUGGAUCAGGGCAGUCUCCUCAUGAAACCAUCUAUGCAGCGCCAUUAACCUGUUCACCGUUGGUUAGCUCGGUGGCCAAAUUGACUUUGUCUCCAUAUUUAGACACGAGACCUAGUAAGUGUGGACCACCACCUGCUGAAUUGGCUGCAUUGUGUGAGAGACAAAGAACGACGGUUUCAUCUGGCAUAUCGUCAUAUGAUUUUGAUCCUACUUCAUCUACACUCUUAUAUUCCGAUUCUACUAAUUUAUAUCGUAUUCAGAAGCAAAAACAGAGCAUAAUAGGAAGUGGUGUAAAAGGUUGUCCUUUGCAUGCAAAACUAUGUCCCGUGGACAGCGACUUGGUAGCAUUUGUAGCAAAUUCCAAUGUACAUAUUGACUGGAAAGGCAAAGUGAUUCACUCAUCGUCAACUGGAGAUAAUAUCAUAAAUGGAUGUUCUUCGUUUAUUGCUCAAGAGGAGUUAGAUCGAUUUACGGGAAUGUGGUGGUCUCCUGGCCCACGAAAAAUGCUUCUGUAUGAACAAGUGGACGAAACAGCUGUUACUGGUUUACAGUUUACUAUCCCAGGUUGCUCGCCUGCACGACCAAUGAAAUAUCCUGUUGCUGGAACUGCUAACGCUAUUUCUACAUUGCAUUUAAUUGUCAUUGACGAAAACAAAAUCACUGAUGAGAAAUUGAACAUAGAACUUAGAACAGUUUAUCCUUGGUAUGAGUACUUGUCACGAGUUGGUUGGUUACCCGAUGGAAGCGCGAUUUGGGCUUUGCUACUUAGUCGAUUACAAAAUAGAUAUGCAUUGGUUUUGAUUCCACUGAGUUUAUUUGGAUCACGAAAUAAUCAAAAUGGUGCGCAGGUAGUAACUUUGCUGCAAGAACAAUCAGAAAUUUGGUUUAAUGUAAAUAAUUUGACUCGGUUUUUAGCUCCUGUUGGAGGAAUUUUGCAGUUUAUUCAUGCAAGUGAUCGUGAUGAUUAUACUCACUUAUUUCACUAUACAGCUAAACUUGAUGAGACUCAUGUAACAGCCACAUGUUCGUCACGACCAAUAACUGCUGGAGACUGGUCGGUUUUAAAAGAACCCGGUUUAUUUGUUGAUGAAAAGAGAAAGCAUGUUUACUUUGUCGCCAAUAAAUACCAUCCAUCUGAUGCUAAUUUGUAUGAACGAAUGGAAUGUGAACUACAGCUGAAUCCAGAAAUUGGAUUUGUUUGCUGGGAAAGCUCACUGCAAAUGCCACCACGAUGUGCAUUCUAUCGAUUGAAUCAUUUAAAUGGUGAUCGAUUACCAACAGCAACGUUGCAGCAUCUUAUUUAUUUGCCUCAGCCAAGUCUUACUAAUGAAUUAAAUCGAAGAAUUGAAAAUAUAUGUGUACCAAAAGCUGCAGCUAAGGAGUACCCUGAAUUAAUUGAAUAUCAAUCAGAAAAUUCUAAGCGAAAACAUUACGCAUUAUUACUCAAACCAUUUGGAGCAAUUAGAGGACUUCAGUAUCCUGUUAUUCAACUUGUUUAUGGUGGACCCGGAGUACAACUUGUUCGUAAUGCCUGGUCUACAUGGGUUGGAUUUCGGAAAUUUGCUAGUCUUGGUUAUGCAGUGCUUAUGGUUGAUGGACGAGGUUCGUCAAACCGUGGCAUUUCAUUUGAGGCUGUCCUAAAAAAUAAACUGGGAACUGUGGAAAUUGAAGAUCAAGUAGAAGGUCUUCGAGAAGUAGCAAAACGAACUGAUGGUUUAUUAGAUCUCACUCGAGUAGCAGUAAUGGGUUGGUCAUACGGCGGUUAUUUGGCACUGCUUUGUCUCGCUAAAAGUCCCAAUGUAUAUAGAGCAGCGAUUGCUGGUGGUGCAGUUACAUGUUGGAGGCUUUAUGAUACAGCCUAUACAGAACGUUACUUGGGUUUACCGUCGGAUCCUAUCUAUAAAGAUUCUUCAGUUCUAACUUAUGUUAAUCAGUUACCGAAUGAAAUUGAUCGUUUGUUAAUUGUUCACGGUUUGAUCGAUGAAAAUGUACAUUUUUCUCAUACCGAGCGUCUCAUUGAGGCUUUGAUUGCGGCUGGCAAACCGCAUCGCUUGCAGAUUUUCCCAUCGGAACGUCAUGGUGUACGAUCUAUCGAAGCAGGCGAAUUUCACGAUGCUUCUAUGUUAUCUUUUUUGUGUCGUGCGUUAGCUGUUGACCUUCGGCCGGACCGCGUUUCAUAUCAGUUGGUAAGGAGGUCAGAUUUGAUAAGUGAAUCGGACUUAUGUGGCAGGAUGUCUGACAACAGCUCAUAUUUAAUACCUAAACAGAUUUAUUCCGAUGCAGUUUACGAGGGACCUUCAUUAGCAUCUGAAAAGAAACUUGGUGUCAGCAGGGAAAAAGCCAAGCAGUGGACAUAUUACAUCGAAACACUUAACCGAACUAUUGAUUGUAUCUAUGAAAUGUGUCACAAAGAGCAAACCGUUAAUGGAUGCAAGGAAGCGCUGAUGUAUCUUUCGAAUUCUGUUCGCGAUUUCGAAUCGCUUAUCAAAACAAUUCAACUGGAAGUUGCUUGGGAUGAAAAAAGUAGUAGACGACACGCAGUUGCAUGGGAAAUCCGAAAAGCAAUAUCACCACCUGGAAAGACAACCGUUGAAAGACCGGAUAAAAAGGAUACUGACAGUCUUAUCAAUAUGCUUAAAUUAUCACCAAUCGUUAUGCAUGAAGUUGUGCAGAGUGCAGAAAAAAAAAUGAAUGCUAAAUUAUCAGAAUCGGCAUCAUCUGUAUUCUCUUCAACAGCAGCAGUACAGCGUAAUGAAGUAUUAUCGGAUAAGGAGAAUCAGAAGAAAGGGAUUGAACUGAGCAAGUUUUAUUCUUUCUUCGUUUCUUUCAUUUUCUUUAUCUUGCUAUUGCUUAUCAUCUAUGCACAAAGUGAUAUUGUAUUCAUACGUAUUUACAUUUUGCCUACGUGGCAAUCGAUACUUAAUGUGUCUCAAUGGCCUCACAUCUUUGUAGAAGAAGACCAGGGUGAUGAUGGAUGGCGUUUAGUAACGACGCGACAUAGGCGACGGAAGAGUAAUGAAGCCGAUUCUGUCCUGAUUAAUAAUAAAGAAAGAGAACAUGGUGCUGCAUUGACGAAUGCGCAGGCGUCUCCAAAAAGGACUUUUAUGAAUGUUUAUGAGCGUUUGUCAACUGGUGUCCUGCGACCUCCGAAUUUGUCGACUCGUACGCCACUUCUUUCGGAAUCAGGUGGACGAGGCUUAAUGUAUCCUAGGUGUGCGAUGGAUUUACCACAAACAAAAGCGUCUAUGGCAAAAGUUGCUUACUGUCGACAGCUACUGUGGAAAAAACAUCAAUCAGAUUUGGCAGAGAAGAUGGAACGAAGACGUCGUCAAGAUUUGCAGAGCACUCGCAAAGCUGGUUCCGUUCCUGCUCUUUCGGCAAUUAAUUUUGCAGAUCCAGAUGCUGUUUCACGUAGUGCUGCAGCGUUUAAAAAUCGGAAGAAAAUACUGAAAAAGGAUGAAGCUGCUGGAAUAAUAAAGGAACGAAAUACACCAGCAAGUUUUGAGCGCAUAGAGGAAUUACCAUCGGAAAAUGACGAAGAGCGUGAGAAUAUCCCUGCUGAUUUGGAGGAUUCUAUUGUUAAUCAUCCCAGUUCAGAUUAUUUUACUCAUAGCAGAUCUGAACCACCAUUAUCCGAAUUGGUACUGCCCGAUGGUAUAGACGUGGAUGAUGCUUGGAGAGCAAUGACAGAAGAAGAGGAAUCAUUAGUGCAAGAAGAAGAAAGUUUGAAGAAAGAAAUUGAAGAGGAAGAAAGUAUUUCUAUCGAUGAUGAGCUGGAACGACAAGUAGCUGCUGAAGCUGCAGCAUUGGAGCAAUUAGAAACUGAGGUGGCAGGAAAAGAUAAAUGUGAGGAAACUGCUGAGUCAGAAUUAUGUAGUAACAGAAAAGCCCCAAUAACAUGGCAAGAUGUCGUCAACAACUGGAAACAAGAAAUGGAGGAAUAUGCAUCGAUAAGUUGGAGUGAAAUUGUGGAAAGAGAAGUCACUCGUUAUCGUAAGCCGGGAGAAUUUGCUGAAAGGCAUGAAAAAUUAUCUUCACCGAGCAGGAAAAGAAAAACUGAAGAUGCGACAAAACGACAUAAAGAACGGCAAAGAAGAGCUGAAGAAUUGCGUCAAAUGUUGCAGGAGCAGAAAGCUAAACGAUUGAAAGAACUCUCCAAUAAGGUGGAAGAAGUACGUCGAAAGCGGGCUGAACUGAAUGAGCGAAAGCGUGAGCACUUGCAGAUGCGUAUGGCGAAAGCUGAAGAAAAUCGUCAAAAAAAUAUUGAGGAAAAAGUGAAGAAAGCACGGGAUGAUGACGUCAAGGUUAUGGAAGUGCAGUUCAUAAAUACAAUAGAAGCCGAUAAUAUGCGACAUGAUGUUAUGGUUCGUAGUCAAGAAUGGGAACAGAGAGUACAAACGAUUGCGAAUGAACGAGCUAGGAAAAGUGAAGAAAAAGCUGCUAAAGAAGCGGCAGCUGAAGAACGGCGAAAAAUUGCAGAAAAUCAACGAAGAGAAAAAAUACAAAAAAAAUUCGUGAAGCACGAACUGCUCGAAGCGCAACGUAACGAACAAGAAAGGGAAAGAAGUGAAGCUGCUCGAGAAAGAAAUAAGCAAAUGAAUGAGCGCGUCGCAGAAAAGAAAGCAACAGAAGCUGUUGAAAGUGAGAAAUUAAUGAAGAAGAUCCAGGAAAAGCAAGAAGAAACACGUCGUCGUUAUGAAAAUACUUUGACACAAGUGAAGCAUCGUGCUGUUGAAUUAAGUAGUCCAAGACCGAUGGAAUCAGUGGUUUCUUUGGUCGACUUUAGCCAGAUGCCUUCGGAAACUCCCUAUGUUUCAAUGCUCGAAGGUGUAAUUGGUGGUGGAAGCUCGAAGAAAUGCAGACUUUGUGAUAUUCCGCUGGACAGUGACUUUUUAAUUAUGUCACAUUUCCUUAGCACUUCUCAUCUGUCGAAGGCAAAUAUUGACAUCAAAAAACUGACUUAUGAUUGUUUGAAAGCACAGAUUGACCAAAAUGCUGAAGAUGUUAGUGUUGAGGCAACCAGACAGUUAUCUUUGGGAGGCGAAAGUGAAGUUUCAAAACAAAGUUCGAGUGCCAAGAAACGUCGAACCCGUCUACGACAGAAGAUCCAGGCAAGAGCCAAAGAAUAUGAAGGCAUAAUUGAACAGAGUGCUUUAUCUGAAAUUUAUCGAAUUCCGUCCGGAAAAACAAGUAUUGAUCGGCCUCUUCGGGAUAUCACAAAAGUGUUGAAAGCAACUUUGAAGGAUGGUGAAAUAAAGGAUUACUGCAGUGGAUUGGUGAAGGAGUCGUUUCAGAAUAAAAUUUAUCCAAGCAGCGAUUUACAUGUCCUUGAAAGAUCCCUGUCUGAAAUUCUGCGAGCAUUGCGGACAUCCGACACGGUGCAAAAACGUGAAAUGCUCUUGAGAGCAGUAGUGCAGAAUGAUUUUAUAGAUAUUCUGACGGUACUGAUAUCUUGUGCAACUAAUGGCAGUACGGUGAUACCUUCCAGGUUAACUUAUUGUAAAGCUUUAUCUGCUCUUGGAGACCUUGCUAAUGCCGAUAAAUUCAUUGCUUCAAAGUUCUUUUUCUCCAAUCGCGUCUUUGCACUUUUAGAUGCAUAUUGCAUCAAGUCUAAACAAUUUCUAAAAGAAACCUCACACAUGCCAACAAAUGAUGGAUCUCACCGACUUCUAAUUGAGUGUGUUGUGUUGUGUUCGACGUUUUUAUGUAUCAUGGGUUCUUUGUAUCCAAAAAUUAAGGGAGAAAUUUCAAGUGCUGCAAUGGUGUUUGGUAUUACAGAUGACGAUAUAUACGUAAAACUGUUACUGAGCUUAAUUUAUUCAAAUGGUUAUGGCGAUACUCUUUCGCUCCUCAUCAAACAUACGGGCGCAAUUGAUGCAUUACCUUGGUCAGUUCAACUUGAUUCUAACUCGACCGCGAUACCUAUCAUAGUUUAUAUUGAUAUGAUUUUGGAAGCUGGAGAAACACUUUACUUACUCGGUUGUAGGAAAAGAGGAAAUGAAGCAGAAGGAACAUCAUCUGAAAAGUCGCCACUCCUAAGUACUGUAGCUCCCGCAGCAAUUCAGCAGCUCGCAAUUCGAAUUUAUUCAAUGAUAUUGUCACACUGCAAUUCAUCAGCUACUGUAGCCACAGUAUCUGUUGUAUCGGUAGGAAAUCAACGUGAAGAAAUCGAUGUUACACAGCUACUGACAACAUCGCUUUUCCAGCUCUGGUUUUUGCUUUUAAAAAGGGAAUCUUAUGAGGCAAUCAAAUGUCUCGAGGACAGUGAAUUUUGUUUACGAUUGGUCCACAUCACUAUGACAAUGAUAAUUCAAACUGAGAAGGUUAUUUCUGCAAAUACGGAACUGUCAAAAUCAAAGACAACGGAAAAGUGUGUUAGAAAUUUUCUUCAUUUCCUCAUUGAAGUUAUUGGGUAUUUUGCAACUACCAGUGAACGAGCUAAAAUGUUUUGUGUACUUGGCUGGCAACGUUCAUUAUUAAUGCAACUUAUUUCUUUACCGCUGGGAUAUUUUUCAAAUCGUGAACUAAUGGCAAUAUUAAUGCCAACUCUGAUAGCUAUUUGCUAUCAAAAUCCCAUGGCAAUCGAUUUAAUUAGGCCGUCGCUUGGUACAAAAACUUUUGCAAUAUAUCUCGAAUUGUAUGUUGCAGAUUGUUCCAUGUGCGAGGAGAAAUUUUUGGACAUCACUGAUAAGAGGGCAAAGGAGCUGGAUAUUGAGUGGCUUAAGUCGUUUCAUCGGUGUACUAUGAUGAGUACUUUUGGUUCAUAUUUGGAUCGUUUUGAAGUGGAACAGCUGUAUUCGUUCAUGAGGUCAAUACUUGGGGCUGUAUUAAAAAACUACGAAUAUGAUGCAAGUUUCGAAAUAAGUGUCGAGGAAAAGAAGAGGCGCAAACUAUUGAUGCAAUGUCUCGUAAAUGCGGCAAAUUGUUCGCAAAAGCUUCGUUCAUGUGCUGAUGAGUAUUCGGAGGGUUGUUUACGAUCGAUUUUGAAAUUGGAAUGGUUACAAAAUGAAACGUUUGCCGCAGUGAUUAAUUUUUCAAAGCCUGAAAAUGGCCCGAUGUAUUAUCAGGUUGCAUUUGAAUGUAGCAUCUUAUGGAAUCAAGUUUGCUGUGAUAUAAAAAAAUUAGAGAGCAACGAAGUGAAUACGUCGUCAAGGAGUGGUAGUGAACCUCAAAAUUGUGAGGCACUAAGAAAAGCUUAUGAUAAAAGGUCCUGGUUGUUAGCAGUAUUUGCCAAGUAUUUGGAACAUAAUAAUGAUUUUCUCGCUGUCUGUGAUGAAAUCUUUGGGCCUUCUUCUAUUGAUACAUUUAUUGACAUUGUCGACACUGUGAUAGAAUUUGCUAAAGAAGGUUGUGAUAUUAAACUUGCUCGUGGAAAUGUGCGAUAUAUAUUAACAUUCUUGGAGAAGGCACUAAUGAAAUUUGGCACGUUUGAAAAAGAUAAUAAAAUGGAAAAAUACACAGGAACGGAUAACAUUAAUAACAUCUUCCUCAUUCAUGUCCCGUUGGAAAUGGUUUUGGAAUUGGUUUCGAUGGAGCAGUAUCAAGCAAUAUUUAAAGUAGAUAUAACAGCUGCGAAAUUGACUCUUCAUAUAGUUGAGGGGAUAUUACAUUACGAAUAUUGCAAAUGCCAAAGUCAAACAUGCAUUUCCAAAUCCCAAGAAAAAUUCAGCGAUCGACCUGGGAUUAAGCUGCUGCCAAGGAAUGCAGCUAACAUAAACUGUGUCUAUAAUUUCGCUAUAACUUUAAGCACAUUUGAUGAUGCGAAGCUGAUUGAAAUGAUGAAAUUGUCCUGCCUAGAGUUACUGGGUAUUCUGUGUCAUGAAAAUGACUUGAACUGUGAAUAUUUUGGAGCGAAUGAUGGCAUUUCAUUAUUAUUAAGUUGCAUGUACAUUCGCGAUAACCACAAUCCAAUUGGGAGACUUUAUGCAAUUGCAGCCCUGCGACAUUUAGUUUUAGGUUAUCCACCAAAUCAGUUACGACUUGCUCAACUUUCGGAGGAACCAUCGGCAAUCAUUGAACGAGAUGGUUUGUUGAAAGAAUUGGGUUUGUGUGCAGUAUACGACCAGGAAACAAAGAAGAUUCGACUUAAGCCAUUACCACGAUAA